CGGCGGAGGAGCUCCAGCUGCUGCAGCUGCUGCCGCCACCAGAGUAACCUCGAUCCCCGAGCUCUGGACACCCGGUGCCUCGCCAUUUCUGACCAGCUGACUGAAGAACAGAUUGCAGAGUUCAAGGAAGCCUUCUCCCUCUUUGACAAGUAUGGAGAUGGCACCAUUACCACCAAGGAGCUGGGGACUGUGAUGAGAUCGCUGGGGCAGAACCCUACUGAGGCUGAACUACAGGACAUGAUCAAUGAGGUGGACGCUGAUGGCAAUGGGACCAUUGACUUCCCAGAGUUCCUGACAAUGAAGGAUACAGACAGUGAGGAGGAGAUCCGAGAGGCCUUCCGUGUCUUUGACAAGGAUGGGAAUGGCUAUAUCAGAGCCGCCAAGCUGCGUCACGUCAUGACGAACCUGAGGGAGAAGCUGACGGACAAGGAAGUGGACGAGAUGAUCAGAGAGGCUGACAUUGAUGGAGAUGGCCAGGUCAAUUAUGCAGAGUUUGUACAGAUGAUGACUGGGAAGUGAAGGCCCGGGCAGCUGGCCAUGCCCGUU